UUUCUCAGUUCUCUCAGUUGCUAUCGCAGCCAGCUGUUGUGGGACACAACCUCCCUAGUGCAACUGUGCAGUCUGUAGACUCUGGCCGCGUAGCAGUUGUGACUUCUCUUCAUGUCAGCUUCUUGGGGUUUCUGAAGUGCUUUUACUGCAGGAGGACUGGACACCAUCAGUGAGCUGAAGCAGCUGAAAGACAAAAUGGAAGCAGAGAGGGAUGUCCGCAUGGAAGCAGACAGACUUCGCGAAAAUCCCAUGGCAGGAUCCUGUGAAAUCAGCAACCUCCUCUCAAACUACAUCAGUGCAAUGUACCAGCAAGAGGAAGCACCACCUGACCCAGACUUGCUAACCCACCUUGGCGAUGACGACAAUGUUUCUCUCACUGUGUCUAAUACAGCCUCGGCAGCUGAGACGACGGGCAAGCCAACAUGGUAUGGUGAAAUGCCCCACUGCUGGAGCAGGUCUCAGGUGCUGGAGUGGAUCAGCUACCAUGUGGAGAAGAACAAGUAUGAUGCCAGUGCCAUAGACUUCUCCUGUUGCAACAUGGAUGGCUACACACUCUGCCAGUAUACACGGGACCAGCUGGGACUCAUCUUUGGGCCCCUUGGAGAUGAGCUCUAUGAUCGCCUGCAUGAAAUCGCCUCAGUCUCAGAUGAACUUGGCUGGAUCAUGUCCGUUCUGUGGAAUGAAGAAGCAUCCCAAGAGUCCCUUCUUGACACCAGUCACUUAGAAUUGGGGAACUCAUGCAGUCAGGACUAUUUGGAAGAGAUGAAGAACCCUUUCUCACAGCCUGACCUUGGCUACAUUUCAGGGGCCAUGUCACCAGACAGCUCUGCAUCCCUAGCAGGGACAAUGUCUCAGAGCCCUCAGUCUCAGGACUCCGGUGGAAGUGACCUAGAUCUUGAUCCCAUGGAGAUGAAGCACUGCUCCUUUUCAGAUGGUGACUAUGCAGAAUAUAAAAAAGAAGAUCUCAAGAAGAGGAAAAGGGGGCGACCCAGAAAGGUCAGCAAGGACAACAGAGACUGCCUGGAGACCAAAAAGAGUAAACACUGUACGUCCCCAAGAGGGAUCCAUCUGUGGGAAUUCAUCCGGGACAUCCUAAUUCACCCAGAGAUGAAUGAGGGGCUGCUGAAAUGGGAGGACCGUCGAGAGGGCAUCUUCAAGUUCCUGCGCUCAGAGGCAGUGGCCCAGCUCUGGGGACAAAAGAAAAAGAACAGCAGCAUGACCUACGAGAAGCUAAGCCGUGCCAUGAGGUAUUACUACAAGCGGGAGAUCCUUGAACGAGUGGAUGGCCGGCGACUUGUGUACAAGUUUGGGAAGAACUCAAGUGGGUGGAAGGAGGAAGAAGUGCAAGACAGGAGCUAAGGAGCGCUGCAAGAGCCAAAGACUGACUUGGCCCUGGCCUAGACCCAGGCCGACUCCUGCUCAGAGGACCAGCUCUA